AUCAUCCACGGCCGCGAGUUCGACCAGAAGGCGCUGCUCGAGUUCCGCGACACCAUCUUCGACAACAUCCUCAAGGUGCGCGCGCCUCCGCGUCCCCGCCCGCGCACCUGAGCCCAGGGCUCAAGGGUGCUUGUCGAUGCACGGGACAAGCUUGGCAUUCCGUGGCAGUAUUCGGAAAAUGAGAAGCACGGCAUGUUCCUCCUGGCCUUUGAGAACAAGGCGGGGCUGCCUGUGGAGCCCGCCACCUUCCAGCUGUACGUCCCCGCUCUGAGCGCUCUCUGGAGGGACUCCGGCAUCAGGGAGGCUUUCAGCCGGAGGAGCGAGUUCCAGCUGGGUGAGUCGGUGAAGUACUUUCUGGAUAACUUGGACCGGAUCGGCCAGCUGAAUUACUUUCCUAGCAAGCAGGACAUCCUGCUGGCACGGAAAGCCACCAAGGGCAUUGUGGAACAUGACUUCGUUAUUAAAAAAAUCCCUUUUAAGAUGGUGGACGUGGGUGGCCAGAGGUCCCAGCGCCAGAAGUGGUUCCAGUGCUUUGACGGCAUCACGUCGAUCCUGUUCAUGGUGUCCUCCAGCGAGUACGACCAGGUGCUCAUGGAGGACAGGCGCACUAACCGGCUGGUGGAGUCCAUGAACAUCUUUGAGACCAUAGUCAACAACAAGCUCUUCUUCAACGUCUCCAUAAUCCUCUUCCUCAACAAGAUGGACCUCCUGGUGGAGAAGGUCAAGACCGUGAGCAUCAAGAAGCACUUCCCAGACUUCAAGGGCGACCCGCACAGGCUGGAGGAUGUGCAGCGCUACUUGGUCCAGUGCUUCGACCGGAAGAGACGGAACCGUAGCAAGCCGCUGUUCCACCACUUCACCACCGCCAUAGACACGGAGAACAUCCGCUUCGUGUUCCAUGCUGUGAAGGACACCAUCCUGCAGGAGAAUCUGAAGGACAUCAUGCUGCAGUGAGAGAGGACGUCCCUCUCUGUCAUCCAUGGCAGCCUCAGCGGCCGCUGGUCACACCUUCCCAGGCCUGCAGGGGGCUGCUCUGAUCCAUGCCACCGUCGCCCGGCUCAGGAGUGCCGCCACGCCGGCCACACCGCCGCGCUUCAGGCCCAGGGACAUGGACGCUCAGACAUUAGCUACUGAACCCGGGGCGUAGUCAAACUACUGAGAAUCCAAGGGGUCACUUUGGUAUUAAUGCGUAAUACCUAGUAACACAGCUUUCUCUCUCUUUACAGAAACUAUAUUCCUUCUCUGACACAGUUUAAUCGAGGAUUGUGUGUGAGCGGCCAGUGUGCACGUGCACGCACACACUCUGUAACGACAACACAAACCAGCUAGCCUUGCAGAUGGCUUUUCCUCUAACGUGCGAGUCUUCCGUGAGACAGACAAACCUCAGAGCUUUGCCUCACGGUGGUUUGCGGGAGAUCGGGUGUUUCCGCUCCGUCUCCCAAAGCGCGCGCGUUGCCUUGUAAAACCCUGGUUCCGGUUCCUUGAGAGACCCUGAUCCAGGCACACAAGAUCAGGCCAGGGGCCCCCAGCUUUAGAGGGUGGGCGUGGGCUUGCCUUAAUGCCCCACGGCCAGUGUGCCGGCAGUGGGCGUGCCUAUUACGCGCACCCGCCCUCCCUCCCCCAGCCUUGCAGGUGACUGUUCUUGCAAGUCCUCUUCCGACACCUGCACUGGGCUGCGCCCACGUUCCCUUCUUUUGGAAGGUACUAGAGCGCUUCCUCUUCCUCUCGGGGCUUCUGAACACUGGCAGGAGUCCUAGCAGAGCCUCUGGGAAUGCCGCAGCUGACCUUUCAGAAAGCCCAGACUCGCAGAGUUUCUGCACACUGCCACCACCUGAUGCCUUUGGACAGCCAGUCCCCGCUCGCAGCUCUGCUUGAAGUCUUGAUUCUUACCGAGGUCUCCUGCUUCCGUUCAUGUACACACGUCACCAGCAAACACUACCAGACAUAGCUCUCAUGCGGGAGAAGCUGCCCAAGCCCGUGAGUGUGGACAUGGGCGGACAAAUGUCCCCCUCCGUGCACUUGCCCACUUACCUUUGUGCAGGGGUUUCUCCCUGGCUGGCAGUACACUGCAUCCCCAGCUGGUCCCGCCGUGUGUUCCUCUCCUAGGAAGGUCUGUCCGGUGUGUUGGCACUUUCCCCAGCACUGAAAAGGGAGCAAACAGAGCUUCCUCUAACCGGCACCAGGCCGUUACUGUAGCUGAGGAACGCGUGUGAGGCCCCCAUCCCAAGGCCACCCUGUUCCCGAUCCUGUGUCCCUUUCACAUCUCCCUCCUGGCUCCUUUCCAGCCAGCAAGAUAAACAUGAAUCUUGUGGCAGAUGCUGACCCAGAAGGAAAGGGAGCCCAGCCUGCUCCUGAGUCACCCUUCUUAUCAGUGUUCUUAAUGAGGAGACAACAUGAAAUUCUUUCUCUCUUGGUGCUCAAGGCUUUGUGUCCAUGUUUGUUGGGGUUUUGGGUUUUUUGGCUGGGAAAAAAACGUUGCUGUUUUUGUACUGCUUCCUGGGGUUUCUCAUAAACUGAAGGAUGUGACCCAGGGUCAGUGCCGAUGACCGUGGCUUAAAGGAAAAGGAGCACUCUUGGCAGGCUCCCUCGAUGCAGUCUGGACCCUUCCAGCCAGGUCCACAGUGUGGCGGGCCCACCACGCCAGUCACUGUCGGGACCUCACCAGCUGCCACUCGGCAGUGGGGGAGCCACCAUCCUGGACCUGGGCUCUGCCAGCUGCGUGACGCUUGCUCCGUCCCCUUUAACCUCGGAGCAGAAGCACGUGAGCAGGAGAGGCUGGGGCUGCGCACUGAGCUGCGUGGGGAGCAGGGCAGGUGCCACGGCCUGGUGGGUUGGGGGGGUCUCUAAAGGCCCCGGCUCAAAGUCCUGGGCUUCAUCAGAAUUGGGGAAGGAAACUAUUUGCAAGGCUCAACUAAAACCAUUCACAGCUUUCCCACACAUAGACUGUAGUUGUUUAUGUCUCCAGAACCUUCGGCUUUUGUAUUUUUUUAUUUUAAUUUCACUGUUAUCCUUGAUUAUUGUCUUUUUUAUCGAGUGUUGGAGAAGCAGGAGAUAGUCGUGCCUCAUCUAUUACUGCAAAAAUGUAACAAUAAACUUCCUCAGAAUAAGGUC